GCCCACAUUUAUCAGUUUUCAGCCCCUCGGCUACCAGAUAACGCGUUCGCAAAAUGAGUAAACGCAGUGCCCACCAUUGACAUACCUCCGCUGUUAAUCAGUCCUCUACAUAGCUCCGAGUCGUCCCAACCUACCGUGACCCGUUUCGUUUUUCGCCAAGUCUAUCUGGUUGCCCAGGUGCAGAAGCCGUGGAACUCAACUCCUUCCCAUACGUGCCAUGGAGGAUUACUCAUACGCCUACAUCUCCGAGCCAGUGGAGUUCAGGCAGUUGGAGGGGAAGUCCAUCGACUUCCGCAAGACAUUCGAUGUGCGGGGUCAAGGCGUUGACGAAAUGCUCCAGCUGUACCUGCGGAAGGCCAACCUAUCCGACGACCUGAGUCGCCUGCCGACUCUGAUGCGACGCGCCUACGUCUAUGACAUAAUACGGAGCAAUAAGGGGCCUGGUUACUGGGUGCCUCCUUCUAUGCAAGUGAGCAGCGACGUUUUUGCUCAUCCGCCACCAGCAGUCCGUCCGCCACCUGUUUACGCCGACAACGCCAGUAUCGACAUCAGUUUUAGCGGCAUGAAGAACUCCUCCUCCUCGAACAGUCUGGACAGAUAUACAGGUGCUCCUCCAGCAGUGGCCCUGGCUGGUCCCAGUUUUCCCACGAGCGUGGUAGUCAGCAGCAAGGGAUCCAAGUACGAGAUCAGCGGACCCACAAAUUUUCAGCAUGUUUCUGGAGAUGUGACGCGGGAUAGGACACGAAACGCCUUCGAUCUGAGUGCCGAGACCAACGAUAAUGUGUUGCGAAAGUACAUGAUCGAGCGCGGUAUUACGGAGGCGGAUAUAAGUGACAUGCGCAGUCAGGAUGUCAUCAAAAAAAUUAUCCACUCCAAUUUCACGUGGAUGCCUAAAAAAGGUGAUCUGCAAGCCAAGCCGAAAGUCCAGGAGACUGCAAGGCCUCUGCUGUAUGCAACCAUUUCCACCAAUAACCAGAUCACUCCUCCGCCCUCUCCUCCACCUGUUGCAUUUCCGACUCCGGCGCCUGCUCCCAGUUUUGCUAAUUAUGCAGCACUUACAUCCCGGUUUGUGGAUAUUUCGGACAUGGACAUGCCUGUGCCAGCGUCUAGCCGGCAACCAGAGCUGGGCUCUGUGAUUCCAGUGCAGGUGCAGCCAUCGAAUAAGCCUAAGGUGCCUCCGCCUCCUUCAACAGUUAUGGCAAACAACAGUCGCGGCGGCUAUCCACCGGCCAUUGAUAUACGCCACAUCCGACCAUCUGCGACUCCUGUAAAGCAAUCCAUUGAGACAUAUGCUACAAUAUCACCACAGAGGAAAGCGGGAACCAUGCGUAUUCCACCACCAGCUCCUCCAAAGCCAACGGUUGGACCUAGUACAUACGCCACGGCAUCACCAAUAGCCAGGCAGCCGCCGCCCUCCAACACAUACUCCACUGCUUCCAUGGCAUCGGUGUCUUCUGUGCAGUAUGGAACAGCCAAGCCUCCGCCGCCAGCUCCUCCGGCUAAGCCGCGGUCUCCAGUUCAUUGUCCCCCACCUUCAGCUUCAACUUACGUGCCACCUCCUCCACCGAUGCAGGUACAGAGUACCAAAGCUCAGGUACCGGUUCCGCCACCACCGCCUCCAGCGUCUGUAGGAGGAAUACCUCCUCCACCACCUCCCAUGCCAGUUGCAACCUCUGCAGGAGGAGGUCCCCCCCCGCCACCACCUCCUCCAACUGCAGGUGGACCCCCAGCGCCGCCACCAAUGCAAAAAACUGCGCCCAAAACUGUUCCUGUUGCUGCCGAUGAUAGAGGAGCCUUACUGGAAAGUAUACGCAAGGGUGUAGCUCUUAAGAAAGUGGACCAAAAGGCAGCCACUAUUAGCGGUAUAAAACCACGAGCCGAACGAAAGCCCCCGGCAAACGACUUUUUAAGCGAACUCAAGCUGGGAAUUACCCUAAGAAGGGUUAAAAAUCCUUCUGAUAACCCUUUUUCCGAAGAAUCGCAAGCUUGAAGGUUGGCGGUAGAGCUUUUGACUUCACAUGGCAGCUCUGGGCCCUAAGCAGGGUUGCCAGACUCAAAUUGAAAUUAUUGUUGGCGAUAAAUUUAAAUUAUAAUAUUAAUCACCAUGACAAGUGCAUACAUUUAUAGCUUUGUAAAUAAACUUGUUUCAAAGAGA